UUUACUUCACCGUGUAAACCCAGCCCUGCCCCGGUGGGUUAACACAGCUCUUCCUCCACUCUCGUUUUUCGGAUUUAACUUUGCGCUCCUCCCAUUCAAAACAGUCACAUUUAUUUAGUCCGUUUCCACAGCGAAAGUUGUUCCCCAGUCGGAGGAGGAGAGACAGACGGCCCAUCUUCAAACCAACAAACCUUCCUGCUUUUGAAACAGUAGUCGGCGUGCUGAGCCAGGAGCUAACCAGUAGCCCUCUCUCUGUGAGACCUGGGACAGCGAGGCGAAGGGGAGAGCUCAUUCCUCAACACGGCAGUCCUCCAUGGCUCUGUGCAACGGAGACAGCAAGCUGGAGAUCAACAGCGCAGAGCAGAAUGGGUCACAUGAGGGGGCGGUGGCAAUCCUGGAUGCUGGGGCCCAGUAUGGUAAGGUGAUUGACAGACGAGUGCGAGAGCUAUGUAUACGCUCCGAGAUCCUCCCCUUAGAGACCCCGGCCUUUGCUAUCAGAGAACAGGGCUACAGGGCAAUCAUCAUUUCAGGAGGUCCAGCCUCUGUGUAUGCAGAAGAUGCCCCUUGGUUUGAUCCUGCCAUAUUCACUAUAGGAAAACCUGUACUUGGGAUUUGCUAUGGGAUGCAGAUGAUGAACAAAGUUUUUGGUGGCACAGUACACAGAAAGAGUGUAAGGGAAGAUGGAGUGUUCAGCAUUGCACUGGACAACACUUGCUCUCUCUUCAGAGGUCUUCAGAAAGAGGAACUGGUUCUGCUGACCCAUGGAGAUAGUGUUGAUAAAGUGGCUGAGGGCUUUAAAGUGGUGGCCCAAUCAGGGAACAUCGUUGCCGGGAUUGCUAACGAACAGAAGAAGCUGUAUGGAACACAGUUUCACCCUGAAGUCGACUUGACAGAGAGAGGCAUGGAGAUGCUGCAUAACUUCCUGUUUGAGAUUGCGGGAUGCACAAGUAACUUCACUGUACAGAACCGCCAACAGACCUGCAUCAGUGAAAUCAGAGAAAAAGUAGACAAGUCUAAAGUGCUGGUGUUGCUGAGUGGUGGGGUGGACUCAACUGUUUGCACAGCUCUCCUCAACAAGGCUCUUAACCAGGACCAGGUGAUAGCAGUUCACAUUGACAAUGGCUUCAUGAGGAAGAGAGAGAGUCAGAGUGUGGAGGAAGCCCUCACCAAGCUGGGCAUCAAACUCAAAGUGGUAAAUGCAGCUCACACCUUCUACAAUGGGACGACAACUCUCCCCAUCUCUGAGGAGGACAGGACGCCGCGAAAACGCAUCAGCAAGACUUUGAAUAUGACUACCAACCCGGAAGAGAAGAGGAAAAUCAUCGGAGACACGUUUGUCAAAGUGGCAAAUGAAGUGAUUGGAGAGAUGAAUCUGAAGCCAGAAGAGGUUUUCCUGGCCCAAGGUACCUUGCGGCCCGAUCUCAUUGAGAGCGCCUCUCAUCUUGCCAGCGGCAAAGCAGACGUCAUCAAAACGCACCACAACGACACUGAGCUCAUCCGCAAACUCAGAGAUGAGGGAAAAGUAAUCGAGCCACUGAAAGAUUUCCAUAAAGAUGAAGUCAGAGCGCUGGGGAGAGAGCUGGGCCUGCCAGAGGAGAUUGUCUCCCGACACCCUUUCCCUGGUCCCGGUUUGUCCAUCAGAGUGAUUUGUGCAGAGGAGCCAUACAUCUGUAAGGACUUUGCCGAAACAAACAACAUCCUGAAAAUCAUCACAGACUUCUCUGCAAGCGUCAAGAAGCCCCAUGCCUUGCUGCAGAGAGUCAAGUCGUGCAUAUCAGACGAGGAGGAAGAGAAGCUCAUGCAGAUCACCAGCCUUCAUUCACUCAAUGCCUUCCUGCUGCCCAUCAAAACUGUUGGAGUCCAGGGUGAUUGCCGGUCCUACAGUUACGUUUGCGGUGUCACAAGUAAAGAAUCUCCACACUGGGAAUCUCUCAUGUUCCUUGCCAGACUCAUCCCGCGCAUGUGCCAUAGCAUCAAUAGGGUUGUUUAUGUGUUUGGGUCCCAUGUGAAAGAGCCGCCAACAGACAUUACUCCAACCUUCCUGACCACAGGCGUUCUGAGCACGCUCAGACAGGCUGACUUUGUAGCUCACUCUAUCCUUAGAGAGUCUGGCUAUUCCGGUAAGAUCAGCCAGAUGCCGGUCAUCCUGACCCCCCUGCACUUUGACCGUGACCCACUGCAAAAGCAGCCAUCCUGCCGGCGCUCUGUGGUGGUUCGCACCUUCAUCACCAGCGAUUUCAUGACCGGCAUCCCUGCCAUGCCGGGAAACCACAUCCCAGAGGAGGUGGUGCUGAAGAUGGUGAAUGAGAUCAAGAAGAUCCCAGGCAUCUCCAGAGUCAUGUAUGAUCUGACCUCCAAACCACCUGGCACCACAGAGUGGGAAUAAAACGCCACAUGCCAUAAUAUACCGAUAGGACACACACACACGCACACACACACACACACACACACACACACACACACAAUGCACAAACAUGCUCUACAGAUAUUAGAGAGGGCUGGUGAACUCCUCUCCUUUUCUCUCCUCCUUCCUCCCUCUACUUUCCUCCCUUCCUCCCCCCUGUACCUCCACUCCUCUCUUCAACAUUCCUAUGGAAAGCAGAUCGUACUGUGACAGGCGCACAUGCAAAGGCGCUACUACUCUGCUCUUCCCCACCACUCCUCCCUGGUUUUAAUAUUUUUGGCAAUGGGGAUUGAUUAAUGUUGGUUGUUGAUAAUAUAUUGUCUUUUUUGAUCUAUGUUACGACAGUGUAUUUCCUCUCUUUGAUGAAAAGGUAAAUUGCUGCUUGCUUUUUUGUGAGGGCAACCAUUAAAGGCAAGUGGCGAAAAGCUGUGAAAGUUCAGAAAGUGGACUUUGAUGUCGUGCCUCAGGUUGCGUUACGCGAUGAGCUGAAAAUGAAAACAAGAAAAGAGUUGUGUCAUGAAAAAGAAAGAAUAGCAGAAGGAGAAUUCGAAAAUCUUCAGCGAUUAUUUUCUGCCUUUUUUGUCAGAUGUUUUUGUCUUACUGUUGUAGGCUGGAAUGUUCUUAGCCUAAGACUAUCUUCUCUAUCUGUUCAUUUUCACUUUCUGCCUGUAUACUGUGCUAAGAAGAAGGCGGCCUGUUUAAAGUCAAACUGAACAGACGGCCUAUGUGACCAAUCAAUCAUUUAUAAGCUUUUUUGUUUUGCCAAAAGUAGAAUAUGCUGUGGUGAUAUAUAACAUUGUGGGCAAGUCUUCUCCAAGCUACAUUUGUUAACAAGAGCUCUUGACUUGUUGCUGUACGCAUCACGGACAGCACUCAACCCAAGGUCAGCUUCAGUAUGAUGACUAGCGUGCAGCUGUGCAGGAGGCCAAUAUGAUGGGGAACGCUGUAUGUGCCUGUUUUGUUGUUUUUCUUUAUUUCUUUGGCCUGGCCUGGACUCUGAUGUUUCCAGAAAGGAGGAUAUAACACUGUUUCUCCUCAUGCUGCAGUAUUUAUGCUUUUUAUGAAUAAACAUGGCAAGAGGACUAAGUAAUAACAAAACUAUAAGUACAGUAGAGUUUAUAACCACAUUGUGUAAAUUGCUGUUGUCAUUUCAUCGUCAUUUGACUGCUCUUUUGUUGUGCAGGGGCACAGUUUUGCACAUUUUGUCUUGUUUUCACCCUUAAAGCCUUGGUGCUUUAUCAGCAUAACAUAAUUAUACAUCCCACCGUAACUUUAUCUUAGGAAGUGUGUGUUGCUCUGUAGUGUCAAAGGUCAGGGUAAGAGUGCUGUCUGUUGUCAUCUCGAACAUGAGUUCACCGUGUCUCAGAAAGGCUCCACUGCUUCAUUUUCCUGUUCUCUCAAAACAUUGAGCUCAUCAUAAUGUCUCGUCCUCAGUCUUGUCAUUUAGACCUCAGUGAAUACGGUGCUCAGGUUUAACUGAGUUUUAACAAGUGUAUUGUACCCCCGAUAGAGACGUUUCACCCAGAGGUGAAGGUUCUCAUGCCUCCAGAAUUUGUCUUUGUGCCUCUCAUCCUCUGUUAUAUCCUCAAACUUUAGUGGCAAAACACUCCUAAUGCAAACUGAAUUGUUUUCCUCACUCGUCUUAACUGCUGUCAGUGUUUCUCCUUCUGUUCUGCCUUUUUAUAUGUGGGUAUUUUUUGUUACAUCUGUCUCCAUAGAAAACAACAGCUUGAUAGUAAUGGACAUAUAAUUUUGUAGUUGGAUUUAAUUGCAAUAUCGAUAAGAUUAAGUUAUGCAAUUUAAUGUCUGAUGGUAUUUUUUUGUUCGUUUGUUUGUUAAUUCUGUUCAACAACGCUCAUUCUCCUUAGUAACGUGCCUCAAACCAAGCCACUGCAUGCAGUUUCAACUAUGAUGACAUUUGUACAAUGGAAAACUGAGCUUUAAUAAAGAUCUCCAUGUUGAAACUUCUCACUUCUA